CGCCUGGCCCGGGCCGGGGUUCAGUGAGGUCACCGGGUCAGGGGAGGCGCCCCGCCGCUAGGGUUUCAGUCGCGCGCGCCGCGGCUCCUCUAUAUACAGCCGCCUCGCGCUCCGCCACUCAGCGCGCGCGGAGCUCGAGGGGCGGUUGCUACAGGGGAGGGCUCGCGUGUGCAUGCAGAGAGCCCCGGCCCGGUUGCUGGCUGGGCGGGGGCGCUGCAGAGGGGGAGGCCUGUCUGGGAGCGUGGGCCAUCCAGAUUGUUCUGUGCCAGUCUGCUUGACUUUUGCCCCAGUCCAUGCCUUUACUAUGACAUCUGUGCCUUCAGCUGGCUGCCUCCUGGCCAAGAAUCAGUACUACAGAACUCGAUUCAAUUCUGAAUCCAGUGUUUCAUCAGGUAGUUCAUCCUUCUGUUCUGAUCCUGUGAACUUCUCAGACCAGGAAAAAGCCCAUCAUGGGUUACCUGAAUUAUUUGAUAAAUGCUGGUGGAUAAAAAACUUUUUCCACUCUGAAACAUCUGCAUCUUCAAAUGUGAAUGGAAAAACGUUAUCGACCAGCAGUGUUGCAAGUUGACUUUAUCUGCAGUAGUGAUGCGUAUAUAGACUACUCCUUUCUCUAAAGCUCAGGGUCUUUCAGAUGGCUGCAUUCAGCUGUGUGAAGAAAAUAUGCUGCUUGGAACUUCACUUCCACGCAAGAAACUAGAAUUUCACAAAGAUUUGUCAGUAGCUUAAAUGGUUUUGCUUAAGGUAGGCAUAGUUUCUACAUACGCUGUCCGCUAUGGAGUUGUUAACAUUUGAGAAAUGCAUUUUAAUAUUUUAAAUGGAUUUAAUAUCCUAAUGACUAACUCGUGUCACUAGAAGAAAUGACAGUAAAAAGUAAGAUCAGCAUAAAGUGGCCAGUGACUAUCUAGGUUUUAUUUCUGUAAGUUGAAAAGCUUCUGUGGACUGUCCAUAUUAAAAUUUUUCAAUGGUGCUGUGAAUUAAAACAGACAAGUUUGUGUUUAAAAUGUCUAUUCAGUAAGUAGUAUUUUUCCAUAAGUUUUUACAUUUUACUAUAUCAACUAUGCUGACAUCAAAUGGAUAUAAACUAGUUUCAGAUGAACAGAUUCCUGUUAUAUAAUGGAUCUGGCACAUCUUUCCCAAGUGCCCAGUAUAGCAGUUGCAUACUGUUAAGAAGGAAGUUUACAGAACAGUUAAUAGCUUUAAUUCUGGAAAAUCCUAUUAAACAACAAUCAUAAGCUUUGUCCCCUUGUUAUGGCUGAAUAUGGUUUCUGACCUUAAAUACAGGUGUGUAAUUCUCAUUCACAUGCAUGCACCUAAGUAUUUGAGGGCAGAACGUGAGGACUUGGUAAAUAGUCUGACUUUCGUGGAUUUUGACCUUUUGAUUUGUAGCCAUACUUCACUUUUUUUAUGCUACUCUUACCUGUUCUACUGUUGGUUAAAGAGCCUCUUGAUUUGUAUUAAGUGCUCUCUAUAAACUAACCUUAUUGGUUGUGAAUUCUUUGACAGUUCCAACUCCUUUAAAUCACAAUUCUGGUAUACACAAUCAUUUCUGUCAUCAUUAAAUAUAUUUUUACACUAAUUUAUGGUUUCCCUUCUUAACAUAUCCCAAGCUGCUUAAACUAAUUAUUAAUAUAAUCACUUAACUCAGUGAUGAAUUGAAGCCCUCUCUGGUGUGAAGUAUGGUAGUUUAACAUUGCACAGUUCUACAACAGCAGUUAUGUUUUGUGAGGCGGAUGAGCAAAAUUGCUUAGGUGCAGGGGGUAUUGCAAAUAUUUGUCAUGAGCAUUUCAUAUGCAUAAGUUUCAAGACUAUUUCUGUAUGCAACUUUAUGAUGCAUCAGGUCUGUUCAGCUCACUCACUGAAUUUAUCUGGUACAUUUUUAAGCAUUUCAGGUAUUAAGUAACAAUGUAUUCUUUUAAAGUAAACAUGUAAACUUUAUCAUGACAUACAGAUAGUGCUAUAGAUGUCCAUGGCACUUGAGAAAAUAAUGAAGUAGUCCCAUCCCCAGAAAGUUUAUAAUAUAGCUUGAGACAGUAUACACAGGGUAGGUGAGAACAAGGAUGAAGACAACUGUUCGAAGAAAUAGUGUGUUGGAACUCUAUUGCAUGAAAUAUAAAAAAAAGCAAUUUAUCAAUUGUUUAAAAUUAUUGAAUCUUUUGAUCUUAGAAUUAUUUUUAAAUGUAUGUUAUAAGCUACUCUAUUUUUAUACUAAAAUUUUAUAUUAAUAAAGUUUAAUUAUGAGGUC